GUUCGUUAUGUACCAACUGUAGGUAGUGAGAAGUGAACUUUCCAUUCCACAGGAGCAACCAUAGACAUUGAAACCAGGGCGCAACAGGCUUAUUGAAAUGCAGGCCUCAAGUUGUCAUCCUUCCCCUCCAAUCAGGGACUGAUUCAGACCCGGGCGACACCGGCGUUGGCUUACUAGAGAAAGCAGCAGUGAAAGUGCAGGCGGUCUACUUUGACUGAAGACUCGGAGCAGAUAAAACAAACACAGACAGAAGACAGCAGGAUGGGAGCCUUCAGCGAGUUGUAAAAUACUCCAGUUCUUCUCUGUCAAAGGCAGAGGCUGUGGCUACUGUCUAGCAACACUUCAUCACCACUACUUCUCUGGUGCAUCAGUCCAGCUAACAGAAGAGAAACAGAAGAGAAACCGGGAAGAAGGAACAAUGAGGAAUAUAGGGGACAGAGACCUACAGAAGACCAGCACCUACAUCGUACCCUGCUUCCUGUUAGUGGAGCUGGUGAUCAUGGCUGGGACGGUUCUCCUGGCGUACUACUUUGAGUACACAGACACGUUCCCCGUUCACGUCCAAGGGUUCUUCUGUUUCGACAAGACGUUCUCCAAACCGUACCCCGGACCCGAGGACGACAGCAAGGCGCCGCCGGCACUUGUCUACUCUCUGGUCACCGCUAUCCCUACUGUCACGAUUCUGAUUGGAGAGGUGACAACGUUCUUUGUGAAAGCGGAGGGGGCUCAGGAGAAGACCAUUGUGACGGCUGACUGCUGUUACUUCAACCCCCUCCUCCGCAGGAUAGUACGCUUUCUGGGCGUCUACUCCUUUGGCCUCUUCGCCACCACCAUCUUCGCCAACGCAGGCCAGGUGGUGACAGGAAACCAGACCCCUCACUUCCUGUCUGCCUGCCGCCCCAACUACACAGUCUUGGGCUGCCAGUCCCCCAUGCAGUACAUCACAGAGCGCCGCGCCUGCACUGGGAACCCCUACCUGGUUGCGUCUGCACGCAAGUCCUUCCCCUCCAAGGACGCUGCCCUCAGCAUCUACUCUGCUGUUUACACAGUGAUGUACGUGACGCUGGUGUUCCGUACAAAGGGCACCCGGCUGACCAAGCCCACCCUGUGUCUGACCCUCCUGUCCCUGGCUGUGCUGGUGGGGGUGGUGAGGGUCACGGAGUACAGGAACCAUUGGGGUGACGUCCUGGCUGGAUACCUGACUGGAGGGGCCAUCGCUGCCUUCCUGGUGACAUGUGUGAUCAACAACUUCCAGCAGACGGCAUCAGCCCUGCCCCCGCUGCCCCCCCAGCGCCCUCAGCCCCCCCACGGCAUGCUACUGUCCACCCUACCUCGCGUGGAGAGUCCACUUGAAAAGUUCCAAGACUACCGUACACUGAGAUCACAUGACCAUCAGCCAUACCUGUGCCCCGUCCCUCCCGAUGUGCUCCUCCCCUCACGGCGCUUCAUCUCCAGCGAAGUCUAGACCUGCCAUCCAUCUCUGAGCACCACGCCCCCUGCCCCGCCCACCCUGAGGGGCGGCCCCCUCUCCGACGCUCGUUCUCCACCCAGGUCUAGAACAUGGAACCUAGAACUUAAAUCACCCAGAUCCAACCUCAAAACAACCUUACCUGGGAGGGACUACCUGGACUUGUCCAAUAAGAAAGGCUUGUUUUCGUUUUCCGCUGCAAAACAUUAUGCUACGGUGUGCAGUAAUGAAUACGGCCCUGAAGUAGGUAGAAGUUUACCCUAACCAUUAAUACAUGGUCAAAUAUCUUGUCAUCCUUGUAUGGUUAGGGUUGGGGGUAAGGGGAAUCUGAUCCUAGAUCUGUGGUUAGCCUCCAUCACCAAGGAGACGACCCAGGCCACGGUAACCGGCUAAGUCCUCUGCGGGCUAAACGGAUUUGAUCGGAUAUGGCGUCCUUUAACCUCUGUCUGUCUCGACCUUGUUCAUCAAAUGUUGUUUUUUUGCCUUCUACUCUUUUGAUUUUUUUCCAAGAUGACCCAGUGGUGUAUAAAUACAAGCUCACCAAAGCCAAGACUACUAAGAGCUGUGGAAGCAAUUACAGUACCUUUCCCUUCGCCACAGUUCUAUUGUUUUGUCUCCACUUCUCCUUUUGGGUCUCCUCUUUUUCUUCUUCUUCUACUCUACUUUCAUGUACAGACAGAGAAGUCUUCUUCUACUCUACUUUCAUGUACAGACAGAGAACACUAAACAGUGGUUGAACGACACAGGAAGAGGGGCACGGUGCAUAAAAAUAAACAAAACACAAUGGAAAGAUGAGAUCAAUAUACAGUACCGGUCAAAAGUUUGGACACACUUACUCAUUCAAAGGUUUUUCUUCAUUUUUUACUAUUUUCUACAUUGUAGAAUAAUAGUGAAUUCAUCACAACUAUAAAAUAACACAUAUGGAAUCAUGUAACCAAAAAAGUUUUAAACAAAUCAAAAAAUAUUUUAUAUUUGAGAUUCUUCAAAGUAGCCACCCUUUACCUUGAUGACAGCUUUGCACACUCUUGGCAUUCUCUCAACCAGCUUCACCUGGAAUGCUUUUCCAACAGUCUUGAAGGAUUUCCCACACACACUGAACACUUGUUGGCUGCUUUUUCCUUCACUCUGCGAUCCAACUCGUCCCAAACCAUCUAAAUUGGGUUGAGGUGAGGUGAGUGUGGAGGCCAGGUCAUCUGAUUUAGCCCUACACCACUCUCCUUCUUGGUCAAAUAGGCCUUACACAGCCUGGAGGUGUGUUGGGUCAUUGUCCUGUUGAAAAUCAGCAAUGGCGUAUCGCUGCAGAAUGCUGUGGUAGCCAUGCUGGUUAAGUGUGCCUUGAAUUGUAAGUGAAUCACUGACAGUGUCACCAGAAAAGCAUCCCCACACCAUCACACCUCCUCCAUGCUUUACGGUGGGAACCACACAUGCAGAGAUCAUCUGUUCACCUACUCUGCGUUUCACAAAGACACAGCGUUUGGAACCAAAAAUCUCACAUUUGGACUCAUCAGACCAAAGGACAGAUUUCCACUGGUCUAAUGUCCAUUGCUCAUAUUUCUUGGCCCAAGCAAGUCUCUUCUUAUUAUUGGUGUCCUUUAGUAGGGGUUUCUUUGCAGCAAUUCAACCAUGAUGGCCUGAUUCAUGCAGUCUCCUCUGAACAGUUGAUGUUGAGAUGUGUCUGUUACUUGAACUCUGUGAAGCAUUUAUUUGGGCUGCAAUUUCUGAGGCUGGUAACUCUAAUGAACUUAUCCUCUGCAGCAGAGGUAACUCUUGGUCUUCCUUUCCUGUGGCGGUCCUCAUGAGAGCCAGUUUCAUCACAGCGCUUGAUGGUUUUUGCGACUGGACUUGAAGAAACUUUCAAAGUUCUCAAAAUUAUCCGUAAUGACUGACCUUCAUGUCUUAAAGUAAUGAUGGACUGUCGUUUCUCUUUUCUUAUUUGAUCUGUUCUUGCUAUAAUAUGGACUUGGUCUUUUACCAAAAAGGGCUAUCUUCUCUAUACCACCCCUAACUUGUCACAACACAACUGAUUUGCCUCAAAUGCAUUAAGAAGGAAAGAAAUUCCACAAAUGAACUUUUAACAAGGCACACCUGUUAAUUGAAAUGCAUUCCAGGUGACUACCUCAUGAAGUUGGUUGAGAGAAUGUCAAAAGUGUGCAAAGCUGUCAUCAAGGCAAAGGGUGGCUACUUUGAAUAAUCUCAAAUAUAAAAUAUAUUUUAAUUUCUUUAAAACUUUUCUGGUUACUACAUGAUUCCAUUUGUGUUAUUUCAUAGUUUUGAUGUCUUCACUAUUAUUCUACAAUGUAGAAAAUAGUAAAAAUAAAGAAAAACCCUUGAAUGAGUAGGUGUGUCCAGACUUUUGACUGGUACUGUAAGUCCUCAGUGACUGAACGAUGGAAUCAAAGGAGCUGUUUGUAAAACUCAGGAAAAAUAACCAGGACAAAGGAAUAAGAACAGUUAAGAAGAUGUUUUAAAUAUUUGUAUGUGAUGAAAGAGGAUGCACUUUUGCAAAUGAUGGUGAUGGUGCAGUUUAACUACCAGAGGCUUAUAUGCUUAUAUAUGAUUAAGUAUAUGUUGUGUAUUUUGUGUUUUGGGGGAUAUUUAGUUUAGUUAAAUAUUAGUCUCUCCUCUGCUGUAGCUUCACACUAUAGUAAUGUGAUGUUGUUUUCCCUCAUCUGACAAGGAGUAACAUUCAACUGGAUAUACUGUAACAACAUGUGAUUACAUUACUGUUAUUAUACAGGUGGAUACAAAUGUUACGAAACAAACAUUAAUAGCUCAAACAACCCUCAAGACGUCACGAUGCAACAGCCCAGUUACUAACACCCAAUAAGUUUCCUACAUUCUGGAAUAUACAUUUGAUAUAUUUCUUUAAAUAUACAUUCAUUAUCACUACUGAAGUGGACUGGCUACCUGUCAUUCAUUAUCACUACUGAAGUGGACUGGCUACCUGUCAUUCAUUAUCACUAUUGAAGUGGACUAGCUACCUGUCGUUCAUUAUCACUACUGAAGUGGACUGGCUACCUGUCAUUCGUUAUCACUAUUGAAGUGGACUGGCUACCUGUCAUUCAUUAUCACUAUUGAAGUGGACUAGCUACCUGUCAUUCAUUAUCACUACUGAAGUGGACUGGCUACCCGUCAUUCAUUAUCACUACUGAAGUAGACUGGCUACCUGUCAUUCAUUAUCACUACUGAAGUGGACUGGCUACCUGUCAUUCAUUAUCACUACUGAAGUGGACUGGCUACAUGUCGUUCAUUAUCACUACUGAAGUGGACUGGCUACCUGUCAUUCAUUAUCACUACUGAAGUGGACUGGCUACCUGUCAUUCAUUAUCACUAUUGAAGUGGACUGGCUACCUGUCAUUCAUUAUCACUACUGAAGUGGACUGGCUACCUGUCAUUCAUUAUCACUAUUGAAGUGGACUGGCUACCUGUCAUUCAUUAUCACUACUGAAGUGGACUGGCUACCUGUCAUUCAUUAUCACUACUGAAGUGGACUGGCUACCUGUCAUUCAUUAUCACUAUUGAAGUGGACUGGCUACCUGUCAUUCAUUAUCACUACUGAAGUGGACUGGCUACCUGUCAUUCAUUAUCACUACUGAAGUGGACUGGCUACCUGUCAUUCAUUAUCACUAUUGAAGUGGACUGGCUACCUGUCAUUCAUUAUCACUACUGAAGUGGACUGGCUACCCGUCGUUCAUUAUCACUACUGAAGUGGACUGGCUACCUGUCAUUCAUUAUCACUAUUGAAGUGGACUGGCUACCUGUCAUUCAUGAUCACUACUGAAGUGGACUGGCUACCUGUUAUUCAUUAUCACUAUUGAAGUGGACUGGCUACCUGUCAUUCAUUAUCACUAUUGAAGUGGACUGGCUACCUGUCAUUCAUUAUCACUAUUGAAGUGGACUGGCUACCUGUCAUUCAUUAUCACUAUUGAAGUGGACUGGCUACCUGUCAUUCAUUAUCACUACUGAAGUGGACUGGCUACCCGUCGUUCAUUAUCACUACUGAAGUGGACUGGCUACCUGUCAUUCAUUAUCACUAUUGAAGUGGACUGGCUACCUGUCAUUCAUUAUCACUACUGAAGUGGACUGGCUACCUGUUAUUCAUUAUCACUAUUGAAGUGGACUGGCUACCUGUCAUUCAUUAUCACUAUUGAAGUGGACUGGCUACCUGUCAUUCAUUAUCACUAUUGAAGUGGACUGGCUACCUGUCAUUCAUUAUCACUAUUGAAGUGGACUGGCUACCUGUCAUUCAUUAUCACUAUUGAAGUGGACUGGCUACCUGUCAUUCAUUAUCACUACUGAAGUGGACUGGUUACCUGUCAUUCAUUAUCACUACUGAAGUGGACUGGCUACCUGUCGUUCAUUAUCACUACUGAAGUAGACUGGCUACCUGUCAUUCAUUAUCACUACUGAAGUGGACUGGCUACCUGUCAUUCAUUAUCACUACUGAAGUGGACUGGCUACCUGUCAUUCAUUAUCACUACUGAAGUGGACUGGCUACCUGUCAUUCAUUAUCACUACUGAAGUGGACUGGCUACCUGUCAUUCAUUAUCACUACUGAAGUGGACUGGCUACCUGUCAUUCAUUAUCACUACUGAAGUGGACUUUUGUUGUUUACCUGUUGAUGUAUUUCUUUGAUCGUUUUUAUAUUUAUGAAGUGAAAUGUUGCUGCGAGGUCAGUGUGGUUCUCUCUUUCACUUAGCAUGGCAGUUUUGCUGCUAUCCGUUUACACAGACCAUGCCCUCUUCCUCCUGCUCCUCUUCCUCCCCAUUGUCAUCACUUUCCCCUUUCAUACUUCUCCUUAAAUAGCUUGAAAAGCAACUAUCGAUCUGUUGUAACAAAAGUGAAAUGGAACCAUGUUCAGUUGGGAGUCCAGGCUUCUCUUCAACCCCGUCUUUGUCAGGUCAACAUCUGUACUGUGCCUCCUCUCAUCCCUAUUCACCACUCUAUCUAGAUCCCUCGUUCAUUCUCUCUUUCCCCUUUACCCCAUUCUGUCUCCAGUCAAGUUAGAACACUGGAACAAGACUCUGUCGUGUCUUAAAGGUAUAUAGGUUUCUCGUUGUGUUUGAUUAUGUUGUACUGUAUGUUAUAUCAGUCAUGCUAACAAGAGCAUCAAACAUCCUGAAACUGUCUGUUAAGAGCAAGAGUAGCAAACAUCUAACUUUAGCUGGAUUGUAGCAUAAAGAGAGAGAGAUGAAGUGACAUUCUAUAACAGACACAUUGUUAACACACAGGCUGUACAGUCAGUGAUCAACAAUUAACUCAACGUGGGUGACUGACUGAAGUGUGUGUGUGUGUGUGUGUGUGUGUGUGAGAGAGAGAAAAACACAACAUCCUAACUGUUAAUGUGGUGAUCCAAACUUUUUUUUUUUGUGUUCCCUGGCUGUCAUAUACUCCUACCAUAACUAUGCAGUCAUCAUAACUUAGUGGUUCUUCAGGCACUCUGGGGACUCGUUGAGAACCCCUUACAAAGCCGUCUCCAUGAAGACGGUGCUCAUCAUAAUGUUGUAUUCAUAUUAGGAUGUGUCCUCUAUUUUGUAUAGAUUUGUCAGAAAAAUAAAUGCCUUUUGUUAUA